AAAAAAAAAAAAAAAAAAAAGACCAAUCCAUCAUUGUUACAUCCUGGUCUCAAAUUCUAGAAAUUCACUACGAAUAGUUUUGUUGAGUUCCUUGCGAAACCUGGGGAAAUGCAAGACUUGGUUUGUCUGUUUGGUGAGGUUGAUAUUCACGGUUCAGUGUGGUGUUCAUAGUGGUUGCUCUACCAAUAUAAUGGUCCUCGUCAUAAUAUUAUCUUUUUUUUUCUCUUCUAAAAUUUCCCUUUCCCCAUGCUGUGACCUGCAUAUAAGCUAAAAUGUCCCAUCGCUGGAAUCUGUGGAGAGAGUUUCACCCAAAGAUUGACAUGAAGAAUGGUUUUGGUUGCUGUGGGGGCGGCGAGGGUUUGUUGACAUAGCCAACUAAGGGAUAGCGGUGCUGCCUUCGAAGUACGAACUCCUAAUCUUAGCUCACUAAUUAUUGCCCUCUCCGCUCACUGUGCUUCCAGCCACUAAAACAGGCUGCACACUUGCAUCGUUUACCGCUUUGUUUCUUUUCUAAUUAGUUCCGGCUGAAGAUCCUACCAUUUCCAUUCAAGGACUACCCCUCUAUCAAAUUGUAUCCCUCGUCUGUGCUACUAUUCGACGCUAUCUCCAACCUCCCUUCGGAUCAGCCCUGAAUGUCCUCAACCAUUACCGUGAUUCACCAUGUUGACCGUUGAAAAUUCAUGGGUCAAUGUUCAGCAGAAAACCUUUACGAAAUGGCUCAACGAUAAGUUGAAGGUUCGAAGACUUUUCAUUGAAGAUCUAGUAUCUGACCUCUCCAACGGCAUCAUCCUCAUUCACCUUCUCGAAAUCCUCGGCGGCGAGCCCCUCGGUAAAUAUGCCUCGAAUCCCAGAUUGCGCGUGCAAAAGUUUGAGAAUGUCAACAAGAGUCUGGACACUAUAAAGGGGAGGGGAAUUCAGAUGACAAACAUCGGUGCAGAGGACGUUGUAGAUGGUAAUAGGAAGAUCAUCUUGGGACUAAUAUGGACUCUCAUUCUGAGAUUCACCAUCAGCGAUAUCAAUGAGGAAGGUAUGACCGCAAAGGAGGGUCUGUUACUGUGGUGUCAAAGGAAAACUGCAUGCUACGAAGAAGUUGAGGUCCGGGACUUUUCCACCAGCUGGAACGAUGGCCUGGCGUUUUGUGCCCUUCUGGAUAUCCAUCGCCCUGAUUUAAUCGACUUCGACGCACUUGAUAAAAAGGACCACCGUGGAAACAUGAAAUUGGCAUUUGAAAUUGCUGCUAAUGAAAUUGGCAUUCCCGACCUGCUUGACGUGGACGAUGUCUGCGAUGUCCCAAGACCUGAUGAUCGGUCGUUGAUGACUUACAUCGCGUAUUGGUUCCAUGCCUUCUCCCAGCUGGAGCGAGUCGAGAAUGCCGGGAGACGAGUCGAAAAGUUCAUCCACAACAUGCAUGGCGCUUGGGAGAUGCAGAACUCGUAUGAAAGAAGAAUGAAGGAACUUCUGCGCCUCAUUAGAGCCCAACGCGAGGAAUGGAAGAACGCUUCUUUCGAAGGAACGUACAAGGAUGCCAAAGACCAGGCCUAUCAAUUUUCCUUGUACAAGAAAAAGCAGAAACGACAAUGGGUCGCUGAAAAAUCCGACCUUGCUGCCCUGUUGGGUAACAUCAAAACUAAGCUCAGCACCUACCGUCUCCGGCCUUAUGACCCCCCUGCAGAGCUAAGUCUUGAGGUUUGCGACCAGGAGUGGGAAUGUCUGACGCGCGAUGAGCAUGAACGUAGUCAGCUCAUCAACGAGACGAUUCGAGAUAUCAAGAAUGCCCUACGUCGUUCCUUCGCGGACAAAGCGAAUGACUUCGCACUAACUUUGAAGACUCUAUCUCUUGCAAUAUCCGGUCUUGAUGGCGAUGUAGAAGACCAGUUAGCCCAUGUUAAGAGACUCAAUGACAACCUUCCUCCCCUUGAUGCGUUUUUAGAUACUAUUGCGGAGAUAGACGAGCAGUGUGUGGAAGCGAACAUUGAAGAGAACGAUUACACAACAUAUACACUAGAUGAACUCUCCUACGAGUUAAGCCUAGUCAAGUCGAGCAUCUCCAAGAAGCUAGCUUUCCUUGACAAUCAGCUUGUGGCUCGAAACAUGACGAAUCUGACCCCGAUCCAGUUGGAAGAGUUUGAAUCAGUAUUUAGACAUUUCGAUCGCGACUCCUCAAACACUCUUCAUGAGCUUGAGUUCUCUGCUGCCCUUGCCAGUCUUGGACUAGUAUAUGACGAGGAUGAGAUGCACGAGGUAUACGUUGAGACGUGUGGCCCAGCUAGACUAGCACAGAACGCUGGUGUUAGCUUCGAACAGUUUAUCCGUUUCAUGGUCAGUGUGACUGAGGAUCAAAACACAGCCGAACAAGUGUUGCAGAGUUUCCGUGAGGUCGCAGAUGGCAAGCCAUAUGUCACUGAACUUGAUCUUCGACACUCGCUUAUUCCCGAUGAAGUUAUUGACCAUCUUGUUCAAACCAUGCCUAGGCAUGAAGUAUUUGACCGAGGUGAAGACCAAAAUGAACCCAAGUACGACUACUACAGCUUCAUGGAGAAGAUGAUGGAGAGUGGCAACCGUGGACAGAGUGAUGCCGCUUCCAAUGGCGGGGUUUAAUAAGGUUUCGUAUCGCACCAUUGGCGUUUUGUCUUUUCUUCACAUCCUCUAAUACUUUUCUAUUGGAAGCUGCUACUGGUGUUCUCUGGAGCUAUAGGGAGGGGUAUGUCUUGAUCGGCGACCACAUGGAAUAUGCAUACCGGACUAUGACGAGACUUUUGGUGUUCUUGCAUCGCAUCCUGGAUUUACUUUGUCUCUACUCCCUUUAUGAUGCCUGUUGGCAAUUGCUCACAUGUACACCACAUUGGUGGGGGCAGAAGUAGUUAUGGAAAUAAACAAAGUAUCUAUAACGAAAGCUGUAGUGUUAAUGAGAUGUCUUCGCCAUGGCGAUUGCCUAUGACCGAGUAUACGAAAUCGCAACCUGUACAGUAUUUAUUAGGGGCUGCCAGCUCAUGAACCUGGCAGAAGGGCAUACGCAGCGGAGGAAUCACAUGAACUGUGAUUACUAACUUAUAAAUUACUAAGAUUAUCUAAAUCAACUAUACUAACUG